AUGAAUAAUUAUACAAUUAUUAGUCCAAAUUUACAAUCCCCUCAAAAAAUGUUGUCAAAGAUAUAAAAUUUAGAGCACAACCAAAUUAGAUUAAUAAUAUUAAAAGAAUUUCUAUAGGGAAAGUUAUCUCAUAAAUUUUCAAAUUAUAUUUUACUCUAAUCUGCUGAUUAGCUAUAUUCAGAAAUAGUUUUAUUGUGGUAUCUUAGAAAAGAAAUCCCAUUAGAAGAAGCUUAAAUAUUUUUAAGCAAAAGUGAUCCUAAUUUAUUUCCUUUCUAACUCAUGUCAUUUUUAGUCAAUCCAUAAUUAAAAUUACCACUUAUUAACUUAAUUUUUAAUCCAUAAAAUAUUUAAUUCCUCAAUUCAUCAUUAGAUGUUGUUUUGAUGAAUUAUUAAUCUAAAAAAGAAGUAAUAUCACUUUCACUUUAAAUUGAUGAAUUAUUAUAAUAACAUGAGCUUGAUUAAAUUUUACAUUAUUAUCCUAAAUUAAGUUUAUUGGUUUCUUAUCAUUUAAGAAUCAACCCUAAAUUUGAAGAAUUAAGCAAUUUUAAUACAAAUCUAAUUGCAAUUACUAUCAAAAGAUCAUAAACAUCAAACAGAGGAAUUGAAACUUUACUUAAUUAUUUAUUAGAAUGUGAUGAUAAGAAAACUAUUGUUGAUAUUUUAAUUUAAUUGAACUUUUAAAAUGAUACAGUUUUAAAUUUAGGAAUCUUAAAAUCUCCUGAAGAAACUUAAUUCAAAGAAGAAUAUAUUUUUUUUGAUAAAUGGACUUAAACAAAAAGUUUCAAUGAGAAAAUAUGGGGUAGAUUUACAUCUUUAGUGAAUUAAAAAAUGAUUAAACUAGAUAAUCAUGAAUUUACUGUAAAUAAUUUGAACUUUUCUUAACCUCUUUUUAUCAAAGCAUUGUUCUCUUUAGUUAAAAGACAUACAAGUAAUUUUAUUAUUGAAAAUGCUAUUAAUAAAGAAAUCAAAAUAAAAUAAAAUCUAUUUUUAGAUUAUCCAGAUUUCUUCAAAGUAUUUUUUAUUGAUUAUUCUUCAUUUUUAGAUCCACAUUAUAACAUGUAAAUUAUUUAAUUGAAUUUUUAGGUUAAUUUUAGAAUCUUUAAAUGUCAUACUUACUCAUAUUGAAAGAACUGCUUCAUAACCAAUUGUGUAACAUUUAGUAAUUAUAUAAAUAUAAUAAAUAGAAAUUACUUCUAUGUUAAUUUUUAGUAUAAUGUAUCUCAAAAAUGGUAGAUCCAUAAAAGAUUGAGAUUAGUAUUUAUUAAUUUAUUCAUCAAUUGCUUGGUAAGGAUAAGAAUUCAAACUUUGAAUUUGCAGCUACUUUAAAAUUAGAAUAAAUUGAAAAAGCUGUAAAACAUAUUGAUUGCUUAUAUUAUUUACUAUCUGAUUUAGAUUUGCUUUAAUAGAAAUUACAUGAUAAAGAAAAAUUUUAUAUAUUUUGUAAAUGUCUUCAACAUAAAUACAAAAGUGAACUUUUGGAAAAACCGUUAGAAAGCUAUUAAAUUGAAAAAUAGUUGAAACUAAAAUACAAUACAAAUUUAAUAAUGAAAAAGAAAGAGGAGAAAGUAAUCGCACAAUUAUUUUGA